CGUUAUUUACCUAGCCUAUUUGUGGAGCUUUUCCCCUUGUCAGAUGGGUUCUUUCAGGUCGCUCAGAGUAACUAGCCAAGAGUUUCGCGAUGAGUGUGGCAUCGCGUAAUUGCUUGUCUCUCCGCCGUCCGGUAGGUAUUUCGUAUAAGUAGGAGCGAUUUCCUCUGUCCUUCAGAAUUGAGGUUUGUACUCCUGUCCUGCCACUUCCGCCAUCAUUUCACCCUCCUCCCUCAGCUUCCGCGCAUCUCUUUCCUUCCGUCUCUUCCCUUUAUUUUCUUUUCUUCAUACAGCUGGGCUGUAUCUCGGGUCAUAAUGGCACCCAAUUUUAGAAAGAUUAAGGCUUUCGGUGGUCAUAAGAAAGGAGCCGCAGCGCCAGGUUAUAUCGAUACUACGAUCGAAGAGGCGUCUGAUCAUGACCUAGAAGCCGGGAGUUUCUUGACGGAGAACACAAGGAACAAUACCGUCGACAGUAACAACCAGGGUGACAACCCAUACCUGGACGAGUACAGAGCCCUGGUUCGUUAUGUCGAUACGUAUAGAGAUCCAAAUGCGGAAGUGGGGGAGGAGGACUUCUCACAAGAGGACCAGAAGAGGCCUUGGUGGGCAUUCUGGCGAGGUGGUAAAGCUGGUUACGCUCGCGCUUCUCUCAGUGAAUUCGAGACGCCGAGCGACUGGCUAAACACAGACAUCAGAGAUGGUCUCUCAUCGAUGGAAGUCGAGCGAAGACGGAAGUUCUCGGGAUGGAACGAGCUUUCAACUGAGAAGGAGAACAUGAUCCUCAAGUUCAUUGGCUUUUUCCGGGGCCCUGUUCUCUACGUCAUGGAAGUUGCCGUAAUCAUUGCACUGGGUAUGCAGGAUUGGUUAGAUGCUGGUAUCAUUAUCGGUAUCCUAUUGCUCAAUGCUGUUGUCGGCUGGUACCAAGAAAAGCAAGCUGCGGAUGUUGUUGCCAGCUUAAAGGGAGACAUUGCUAUGAAGGCUCGUGUCGUUCGAGACGGGCACGAGACGGAGAUCAAGGCCCGAGAGCUUGUACCAGGCGACAUCAUUAUUAUCGAAGAAGGUCAAGUUGUUGCGGGUGAUGCUCGUCUCAUCUGCGAAUAUGAUAACCCCAAUGGACAAGCACAGUACGAAGCGGAGCUUACGGCUCAAGACGUCACAUCACCGCGCCAGGAGAAAUUCGACGAGGGAGACGACGAGGGAACUCCCCACAUAGGACAUGCGAUUGUUGCUAUCGACCAGAGUGCUAUCACUGGUGAAUCUCUUGCGGUUGACAAAUACAUGACCGAUACUGUCUACUACACAACUGGUUGCAAACGUGGCAAGGCCUACGGCGUGGUUACUUCUGGUGCACAGGCUUCAUUUGUGGGCAAGACAGCUAGCCUCGUUCAAGGAGCUAAGGAUUCGGGCCAUUUCAAGGCGAUCAUGGAUUCGAUUGGCACUACUCUUUUGGUUCUUGUCGUUUUCUGGAUUCUUACCGCCUGGAUUGGCGGCUUCUAUCGCAACCUUCACAUCGUCCUCCCAGAGGAAAGCUCGAACAAUCUACUGACAUACGCUCUGAUUCUCCUGAUCAUUGGUGUACCUGUUGGUCUCCCUGUCGUCACGACAACCACCUUGGCUGUUGGUGCUGCGUAUCUUGCCAAGGAAAAGGCUAUCGUGCAGAAACUUACUGCUAUCGAGUCGCUUGCUGGAGUUGAUAUCCUUUGUUCUGACAAGACCGGCACUCUGACAGCUAAUCAACUCUCUGUCCGCGAACCUUUUGUUAUGGAGGGCGUGGACAUCAACUGGAUGAUGGCCGUGGCAGCUCUAGCCUCAUCACAUAACAUCAAGGCUCUCGACCCCAUUGACAAAAUCACUCUCCUCACUCUUAAGCGAUAUCCUAAGGCUAAGGAGAUGAUCAGCGAAGGCUGGAAAACCGAGAAAUUCACCCCUUUCGACCCCGUAUCCAAGCGCAUUACUGCUAUAUGUACUCAUCAGGGUGUGCGCUACACUUGUGCCAAGGGUGCCCCUAAAGCUGUUCUGGCUCUAACGGAGUGCAGUGAACAACAGGCUGCCUUGUUCAGGGAGAAGGCUACAGAGUUUGCGCGCCGUGGCUUCCGUUCCCUUGCCGUUGCUGUUCAGGAGGAAGAUGGCCCUUGGGAGAUGCUUGGAAUGAUUUCUCUCUUCGACCCGCCGCGUUCGGACACAGCUCAAACUAUCGCCGAAGCACAGGCGCUAGGUCUUUCUGUCAAGAUGUUAACUGGUGACGCCAUUGCCAUCGCGAAAGAAACGUGUCGGAUGCUGGCCCUGGGAACCAAGGUGUACAACUCCGACAAGCUACUCCACAGUGAUAUGGCUGGUACUGCUAUCCACGACCUUUGUGAAAGAGCUGAUGGGUUUGCUGAGGUGUUCCCUGAGCACAAGUACCAGGUAGUCGAGAUGCUCCAGCAACGUGGUCACCUUGUUGCUAUGACUGGUGAUGGUGUCAACGAUGCUCCCUCUCUGAAGAAGUCUGAUACCGGUAUUGCUGUCGAGGGCGCUACUGAGGCCGCCCAGGCAGCUGCUGACAUCGUAUUCUUGGCGCCUGGUCUCAGCACCAUCGUUUCUGCUAUCAAGAUUUCUCGCCAGAUUUUCCAACGCAUGAAGGCUUACAUCCAGUACCGUAUAGCGCUGUGCUUGCAUCUUGAGAUCUACCUAGUCACCACUAUGAUCAUCAUCAACGAAACGAUUCGCGCGGACCUGAUCGUAUUCCUGGCUCUAUUUGCUGAUCUGGCCACUAUCGCCGUUGCUUACGAUACCGCACAUUACGAGAAGCGACCUGUAGAAUGGCAGCUUCCCAAGAUCUGGAUCAUCAGUAUUGUUCUUGGAGCCCUACUCGCCCUCGGAACCUGGAUUCUUCGCGGCACGCUCUGGCUUCCUGGUGGCGGUGUUGUCCAGGACUAUGGCAGCAUCCAGGAAAUCAUUUUCUUACAAGUAUCACUCACCGAGAACUGGCUCAUCUUCGUCACACGCGGCUUCGAGACAAAACCUUCUUGGCAAUUAGUCAGCGCCAUCUUUGGCGUCGAUAUCCUUGCAUCCCUCUUUGCCGGCUUCGGUUGGUUCUCCGGUGGACAAGGCGAGCCGUCGAGCCCAGCUUCUAUUUCGUCCAAGCUAUCGCAAAACGGCGCCACCGACAUCCUAACUAUCGUUGUUGUCUGGGUGUACUCAAUCGCCUGCGUCAUCGUCAUCGCUAUCGUCUACCAAACCAUGACGCGGAUGAAGAGCCUCAACGACCUCGGCCGAAAGAAGAGAUCGGCUCAGGACACGAUGAUGGAGAACAUCCUCACACAAUUAAGCAAGGUCGCGCUAGAGCAUGAGCGUGACGAGAAGGGCGGCGACCGCUUUUACAUCGCACAGAAGCAGGUCGUGGAGGAUGAGGAAUAAGCGGCACAACAGCAAUACAUAAAGGUGUCUUGGGGGUAUAAAAUGAGGGUUUACGGUUCAUAUUCAGCGAUACUUGUGUUUUUUGUAAUAUUUAUGCAUUCGAUACCAAUCUAGCCGGUCUCUACAGGAAGAUAAAUACAUAUCGGCUUCCUUUGUUCAACA